UCUGUAUGGUUGUUUCCUUUCCAUGCACAUGAAUAAAGGACUCUGCUGAACCACACCUAACCUGAGUGAAGAGUUAUCUCGACACAGGUCAACAUGGCAACAACUUUGUAUCUAAUUGGAGGACAUGGAGGCGAUGCCUUUUCCUUUGAUGGCCAGAAUGACGGUGCCACACUGGAGAAGAUUGGUGUGUGGGUAGGGGGCUCGCAGGUGAAGGCUGUGAAGAUCUGGCUGACCAAUGGGGAGGUCCGAGAGUUUGGGAGACCAGGUACAGGUUACCAGGAGUUCAAGUUUGAACCCGGCGAGUUCUUCACCUCCCUCUCUCUGUGGGGGAACGGAGCUGGGACCCGCCUGGGAGCCAUCAAGUUCAAGACCAGCCGCGGCAGGGAGUUCUUUGCGAAAAUGACCAGCUGGGGGCUAAAGACGGAGUACCCCAUAGAUGUGGGUUCAGGGAUCUGCCUGGGGGUUAGGGGGAGGUCGGGCUACGACAUUGACUGCAUGGGCUUCAUCUUCAUCAAUGCCAUCGAGUCCACAGUCAUUACCAACAUGGAGUACCCCACUCUGAAGCAAGUCAUCCCCCAGGUGAACAUGGAGGAGAUCAAGUCCAUGACGUACACCAACAGCUCCUCUGUUGCCCAGGAGUACACCCUGAAAACCUCCAAAACCAUAACCAAGACCUCCUCGUGGUCCGUCACCAACAACAUGCAGUUCACCUUCAACAUGCAAGUGACGGCAGGAAUCCCGGGUCUAGUGGAAGCUUCCACUGGGUUCAGCUGGACAGUGGGAAAUGAAGACACCUAUAAGCUGGAGAACAAAACGGAGACAAAGGAGGAGCUGUCAUUCAAGAUCCAAGUCCCUGCAAAGAAAACCAUGGAAGUUGCCAUCACACUCGGUCAUGCAAAUGUUGAUCUUCCAUACAAGGGCACUGUUAAAGUAACCUGCAGGAAUGGAAGUGUGCUCUGGUUCAACACCAGGGGCGUCUACAAAGGCCUCACCUACACUGAAGGGAACAUAGAUGUGAAGGAGAAAACAUACGAAUGA